AUGUUCAACUGUUGUAAGAAAACUAAAAGAAAACGGGCAAUCCCGAGUAAAAUUGACAGUGUGAAUUUGAGAGAAUUUGAACAAGCUGCUACAUCUGCUGACAUUGAUAAAGUUUGUAAAGAUCUAAAAGAGAAGAAGGAUGAUAUCAAUAAGCAUCCUUGUAAGGCGACCGAAAAGAAUCAGCAUGGAGCAGUGAAACUUGAACAAGCUGCUACAUCUGCUGACAUUGAUAAAGUUUGUAAAGAUCUAAAAGAGAGGAAGGAUGAUAUCAAUAAGCAUCCUUGCCUAGAUGUGAAUGCAGUGGACACCAGAACGAAUUCAAACGCCUUACACAAAGUUAUCAAACAUAUGGACACACAUGUCUUUGAUAGUGGUGCAAUCAAUGCAAUAAAUGCUUUACUAGAUGCUGGAUGUGAUGCAUCACUUAAAACAAAAGAUGGCGUCACGCCACUCAUGGUGGCCAUGACUAAUGAUUUUUCUAGAUUUGAUUUUGAACCUACAGAGUACAACAGAUAUUUCAGAGAACAAAUGUCCAACACUUUUGAGAAAUUUAUUACCAAAUGUAAUAAUUUAGAUUCUGAAAACAAAAAUGGUGAAACAGCUCUGAUGUGGGCGGCUGAGAUGGGACUUUUACACCAUGUCAAAACAUUGGUUGAGAGAGGCUGCUCCAUUGACAAACAAUCUUGUUCAAAAUGGACAGCCCUACGAUUUGCGGUGGUAUCAGAUGAGCCGGGGGUGCUGGAAGUAGUGAAAUAUCUUCUUGAUCAAGGUGCAGAUUACGAGGUUAUUGACAACGAAGGGUCAUCCCCAAUUCAGGAGGCCUUUUUUUCAGAUAGUGAAAUAAUUGAGUUAUUUCUUCGGUACGGAUGUCGUAUCGAUUUCAGUUUAAUCAAUUUCGACAAAUUAAUGAACUCAAUAAUAAGCAGGAUGAUUCCUUUAGAUAUUUUGGAAACUAUGUACUGGUAUGGAAGUUGUUCUGAGACUGACGUUUUGCGUUGUUUAGAAAAUCCGAAAUUUAUACUUUGUUGUGAACCGAAGUAUCAUAAAAGAGCAAAUUGGCUAUCUGAAUUGUGCUCGAAGCCAAGGACUCUAAAAUCAAAUUGUCGAAUUGCGAUCAGGCAUUGUCUUCAGAAAGCUUUGGGUUUAGAGAAAAUGAAUCUUUUGCCUGUUCCAUCAAAGAUUAGGCAAUAUCUGAAUCAUGAAAUAAACGACGAAAUCUUCAUAGACGAAUCACAAUCGGAACCUGAGUUGAUUGAAGAGAAGUUUGAAUAUAGAAAUAUUGAUGAUUUUUACAGAUGGGCAGAUCAGUUUGGUUACUUUUAA